AUGGCUGACCGCCGUACUAUCGCGACACGGCCAAGCAGAGACACAAUCGUGAACCCGGAGGCUCUUGCGAGCCGCAUUACGGUUGUCAGUAGAGACACCAUCGUCACCCACGACGGUCUUGGAACUUGGGAUCCUUAUGCAGGCCGCGAUGGUUAUGUCAGCGCCACCGCGACCAUUUUCGAGGACCGCAGUGAGACGAAUACCAUUAAUGAGCAGUUCGAACUGCAAUUCUAUCCGGGACCGGAACAAAAAGCGCAAGAUGACCAUCUUGUAGAAUUCGAUCCAGAUGAUCCACUAAACCCGAAGAACUGGUCUCGUUCAUACCGCUGGUUGUUGACGGUCCUCUCAGGUGUAAUAGUUCUAAAUGCGUCGUUCGCUUCAUCUGCACCAUCGGGAAUUAUUCCACAACUCGUCGAAGAAUUUGGGAUGUCCAGCGAAGUGUCCGCAUUGACCAUAGCCCUCUUCGUCGCUGGUUACUGCAUUGGUCCAAUCGUUUGGGGCCCACUUUCUGAGCAGAUUGGUCGGCGUCCCGUUUUCAUUAUUUCCUUCACGGUCUACACAGGGUUCCAAAUCGGAAAUGCUCUUUCAAAGAACAUCGCAUCGAUUCUCAUUUUCCGUCUUCUGGGUGGCACAUUCGCGGCUGCACCAAUGACAAAUAGCGGUGCCUUGAUAUCUGAUAUUUGGGAUGCCGGCACUCGUGGCAAAGCAAUGGCUUUAUUUGCACUUGCACCGUUCGCUGGUCCAGCUCUUGGACCUAUAGUUAGUGGAUACAUCAACAAUGCCCACGUGUCAUGGAGAUGGCUUUUCUGGGUCCUGACGAUGUUUGCUGGUGUAUGCCUUGUCGGGAUAAUCCUGCUCAUUCCUGAAACAUUUGCGCCUAUUAUUAUGGUCACAAAGGCGAAAGAGUUGCGCAAGCAGACUGGAGAUGAGAAAUACUAUGCACCUAUGGAAAAGAUGCCAAAGAGAGGCGUGCUCAAGUACUUGGAGGAGACAAUUGCCCGACCUUUCAAGAUCCUGUUCCAAGAACCAAUGCUUAUCGCCAUUACUGUGUAUAUGAGUUUCGUUUAUGGAUGUCUAUACCUCUUGUUCGAGGCAUACCCCAUUGUGUUCGAGGGCUUGCAUCACUUCUCCACAGGUACUGGUGGUUUGAUGUUCCUUCCGGUCUUCGGUGGAGGUGCUGCAGGCGUGUUUGCAUAUCUCUUCUAUUUCAAUCCUCGAUAUGAGCGCUUGAUCGAACACUACAAGCCUCGUUCUGUACCUCCUGAAGCCCGCCUUGAGGUCGCGAUUGUUGCUUCUCCGAUCUUUGCCAUAGGAUUCUUCUGGUUCGCUUGGACUUCUUUCCCCUCUAUUUCCUUCUGGGCGCCAAUGAUGUCCGGUCUUCUUAUUGGAGCGACUGUUGUGCUGGUAUUCCUUGCCUUGUUGAAUUAUAUCGUUGAUGCAUACUUAUUCGUUGCCGCAUCGGCCCUCGCUGCCAAUACGGUCGCACGGAGCUCAUUCGGAGCGGCGUUCCCCCUGUUCGGACAGCAGAUGUAUGACGCGUUGAAUCCCCGAUGGGCCUCGACGCUGAUUGGCUGCAUUGCAUUAAUAAUGAUCCCUAUUCCGCUCGUACUACGAAGAUAUGGACCAACGUUGCGCAAGCGCUCCAAGCACGCUCCCACACCGGCUGCGCCCGCGAAGCCCGAGAAAGACAAGCUGGACAAAUUGGCCGAAUCCGAAGUCUGAGCUACUCCCGCAUGCCUGGGCAUGCUGUCUGAGACAUAGAGUGUCAUAUUUGCAUGGAUUAAUUCUUUGUAAUUCCUAAUUAUUUGCACCAUUAGCAGUCUUUACUCAUCAAAGCCGUGUAUGUUCGCACUCCUUUCACAAGUCAGUUCGGAAACACUUUUGGUUAUGUUUGUCUUCGAGUUCUCCCCUUCA